CCUCUGCUUAUACAGCAGCUCUCCAAGAGACUUUGCCAGAGUUUGUCGUGUUGUUUGGUGAACAGAGGAACAUGGCUUCAUUCUUUCUCAGCUUCUCCCUCCUCUUCAUCGGCCUCCACUCAGCAGAUGGAUUCAUGAACUCCGCGGUGGGGCGUUGUGUCUUCAACUCCUCUGAGCUGAAGGACAUCGAGUUCAUCGACUCGUAUUAUUACAACAAGAUUGAGUUCACUCGGUUCAGCAGCGCAGUGGGAAAGUUUGUCGGCUUCACUGAGUACGGAGUGAAGAACGCUGCCAUCUGGAACAAGGACGCCUCCUUCGUGGCGGCUGAGAGGGCUCAGAAGGAGACGUACUGUCUACACAACAUUCAGAACUGGUACAGCAACAUCCUGACCAGGUCUGCUCCGCCCUACGUGGUUCUGAGCAGCAUGACGCCCCCUGGUGGUAAACAUUCGUCCAUGUUGGUCUGCAGCGUCUUCAACUUCUAUCCCCAGAGGAUCAACGUGAGCUGGAUCAGAGAUGGACUGAAAGAGACUGCUGGGGUCACUUCUACUGAUGAGUUGGCAGACGGCGAUUGGUACUACCAGGUCCACUCUCACUUGGAGUACACGCCCAGCAGGUCUGGAGAGAAGAUCUCUUGUGUGGUGGAGCACUUCAGCCUCAGUAAACCUCUGGUUACCGACUGGGACCCAUCCAUGCCCGAGUCUGAGAGAAACAAGAUCGCCAUCGGAGCCUCAGGACUGAUCCUGGGUCUGACCUUAUCUGUGGCUGGAUUCAUCUACUACAAGAGGAAGGGCAGAGGAGGUCGGAUUCUGGUCCCUAAUAACUGAGCCGGUCCUGGUCUUGGUUCUGCUGUUGGUCAGAUGGAAGGAAAAGCAGCAGCUGCUUCAACCCGCUUCAUGCUUUCAGCUGAGCACACUAAUGCCACCUGCUGGACCGGCUCAGCACCUGAUUCUCUUAUGAUCUGGACUACAUCUUUACGCUUUACUCUGUGAAAUCAAUAUAUCAACAAACUGGCUCAAUGGCUUUAAUUCCGAUAUAAUCCAGUUAUGUGAAUGAUUUGGGGGUCGUAGGUUGUGUGAUUGUCUUUACUGGAGUGAAAAGUUUUCACAAUAAACCAUCAGAAAACUGA